AUGGAGGGCAGUGGGGGCUCGUCUUGGUGCUUCCCUCACUUGAACAACUCGUGCAGGCGUCUGCAGCAGCCACACUCCUCCACAGCACUCCUCUACACUCUACUGGCUCUGGUCUCUCUGCUCACUGUGGCUCUCAAUCUGCUGGUGAUCGUGUCCAUCUCUCAUUUCAGGCAGCUGCACACGCCCACCAACGCCCUGCUGCAGUCCUUGGCUGUGUCCGACCUGGUGGUGGGGCUACUGGUGAUGCCUAUAGAGGGGGUACGGCACAUGGAGAUGUGCUGGCUAAUGGGCAGGCUCCUGUGUGUGCUCACUCCAUAUGUGUCCUACUGCCUGCUGUCAGCCUCUUUAGGAAACAUGGUGCUCAUCUCCAUAGACCGCUACCUGGCCAUCUGUGACCCCCUGCUCUACUCAUCCAAAGUGAACCUGAGCAGAGUGCGAGCGCUCAUCUGUCUGUGCUGGGCCUGUUCUCUGCUCUAUAACGGCUGUAUUUUGAUAGGACACCUGAGCCAGCCCGAGCGCUACAGCACCUGUCACGGGGAGUGUGUGGUGGUUAUCAGCCACACCGCAGGGACUGUUGACCUCCUCAUUUCUUUUGUCACACCGUGCACAAUUAUGGUUGUACUGUAUCUCCGUGUGUUUGCAGCGGCUAUAGCGCAAGUACGAGCGGAUCGGUUCAGAGUAGCCUCAAAUGCACAGGAGACAGGCCCCAGAGUAAAACGCUCAGAGACGAAGGCGGCCAGGACUCUGGGCAUUGUCAUAGCAGUGUUUCUGAUGUGUUUCUGUCCUUAUUACUAUCCUGCUCUUGCAGGCGAGGACACUUCCACAAGUCUGUCCUACUAUGCACUCUUAUCCUGGAUCAUGCUGCUGAACUCAUGCAUGAACCCUCUGAUUUAUGCCAUGUUUUAUCCCUGGUUUAGGAAAGCUGUUAAACUCAUCAUCACGUUCAGAAUUUUGCAGCCCCACUCGAAAGAAGUCAUUGUCCUCUAG